AUGGCAUCAUAUGAACCAAAACAACCGACUGUUGCGACAUCCGCAGAAUGGAAGCAGUCUUGGUCAGCACCCAAGGCCGCCCCGGGGAGUGAGGAGCCCUGGACCACCGAAACACCGAUUUGGCAUGCCGUUGUGCGAGGUUUCCAGAUAUUUUUCGGCCUUGUGAUUGCCGGGUUGGCUGGUUAUCUCAUUCAUGGUUAUCUGAUGGACGCUGUCGCGUUUGGUCUUGUUUGUUCGCUGUUCACCUGGAUCAUUUGCAUCUGGUCACUGGUCAGCGAAAAGGUCCUGAGUGCUCGAAAAGCGUAUAAUAUCUGGGCGACUUUGUCUUUGGAUUUCUUCAUGAUCAUCCUUUGGCUGGCCUCCAUGGGUGCAAAUGCGGCGAACCGAGCAAAGUUCACAGUGGAUGUCAAUGUCGAGGGAUGUUACGAUGACGGAAGCAGCAUCAGUGCCCAUCACUGCAUCGUGAGCAAGCGUGAGCUUGUGAAGCGGGGCGCCGUCGCUAACGAAGCUGGUCUCGCCAUGAUGUCUGGUAUCGCCGGUCUGAGUGCCAUCCAAAUGCUCCUCUUCGUCGCAACCUUUGCCUAUAACGCGCAUAAGUUCCGUCUGUACUACCAGGCCAACAAAGGACCCAAGACUACUCACAACGGGGCCCUGGAGAUGAACGCACAACAGACGCCGAUGCUUAGCGUCCAACAAGGAGGACCUGCAUCACCAUCAUACCCACAGUACACCAAUCAGCAAGCAUACCAGCCGCAGGUCCCCGUACAACAGCCGGUAGAGCAGUAUCAACCAACGCCUACAACGUCUCCGGCACCGGGCUCAAUCCCGACCCCAUCCCCACAGCCAUACACAUAUGGACAUGCCGAACAGCAAUAUCCGGGACAGCAGGCUCCCGCUCAGUAUGCUCCGGCUCACCACCCUCCUCAGCAGUAUGCCGAAGCCCCAGAUCACACCCCAGCCCAGUACCAACAAACUACCCAGUCUUACAGCCCCAACACGCAUGAGAUGCCCACUCACUCGCAAGGAUAUUCACAACCUACCUCAUUCCCACAAUGAGACGUAGUGAUUGUGCGAUGGUCGACUCGUGCUGAGGAAUGGCGAGCGAAGUUGGCCCAUACAAGUCAUGAGGCGCGUUGUCUUGGUUGAUGUUUAUUUUGGAUAUCCGGCAAUGAAUGUGUAAGGGGUCCAGGUUUUGAUGCGUGCGGAAUGUCUUGUGCCGUUGGCCGGUGCAUAUCUAUGAUACCUAGCUGGGGAUAGGUAACACCGAGAAGAAUCCAUCUUCAGUCCUGAAACCCUUUUGGAGAAGUUGGGCAUGCUGUGUAGCACCAGAUGGAGGGCCUGUUUCCCACCAUGAUCCAGGAGAUAAUGAUACCACUUUUGAAUUUUGAAUGUUGACAGCUGCAGGGUGUGUUGACUAGCAGAAGCUGAGAUCGAUAUGAUGCGUGUAACAAUACACAACUUCAAGUGCCGUCCUUC